UCCGACUCCGCGCGAUGGGCACCGGAGACGCCGGCGGCGACGGCGCGGGCCCAGGCCAGGCCGCCUUCGAGGAGCCGACUCAAACUCUGGGUUUCCGAUUCACCUCCGACCUGCCGGCGUGCUUCGUCCGUACGAGGUGCCAUGGUGUCCUUGUGAUGAUAAAUCAGUGGUGCAUUCCUGAUCUGGAACUGCGCCGCAUGUCUGCUCGAUUUUCACUGAAGAAUUAGUGACGCCCCUAGCUCAAUUCAGAAGAAGAUGCCGUUUGCCAAGAAGCUGCAGACACACCGUCCACAAUCAUGGUCAGCCCUGCCAUCAGAUCUUGCUGGUCUGGUCCUUCGUCGCCUCCCUUCCCAUGCCGACCGUGUGCGCUUCGCUGCUGUAUGUCACCAUUGGUGCUUCUCCAGACAAGAGCAUUGCCUGCCCCCACCUUUACCAUGGCUUGCAUUCCCUGAUGGAACCUUGUUCGGCCUUCCCCAUGGAGAAGGGGCAAAAGAAUCCUUCAAGCUCCCCAGCAGUGCCAACUACUGCAUGUCCGGCGGUGACUGGCUUGUCUUCUCACACAAUGGCACCUGUUUCCUAAUGGACCCCUUCUCCGAGGUCACCUUGACGCUUCCUAACAUAUCUUCUUUCUGUCGUGUGGAUGAGCCUGCUGGAAUUAUUAAUGAUCGCCAUGUCAUGGAUGAAUAUAUGGUUGGUCUUGUGCUACACAGGGAUACUGCGAUAUUUCUGCGCAAGGUAAUAAGAUGCUCGGAAUUCCUUGUUUCUGCCAUCGUUGACAUUCCGCCUCUUCGCACUGUUGCAUACUGCCAACCGGGUUCAACCUCAUGGCUGGUCAGUGGACUUGGCAGCAUAGCGUCGUUCAUAGACAUGAUGUUCUAUGAAGGUAUGUUGUAUAUCAUUGACAGGUCCAACAACCUUUUGGGAAUCAACGUCGGAGAGGACAAUGAUAACGGAAAGUUAAGGGUAUCUCGGAUCGAGCGUCUACUCGAUGGUGCCCCCUGCGGCUUUAAGUAUUUCCGAGGUUGCCUCUCUUACUUCGAUUCGUAUCUAGUUGAAUCUCAUGGUGCACUACUGCUAGUACGGAGAGAAAUAUUUUAUAUACGUGAUAAUGACAUGAUUGGUGCUACCAAGCCUGCAGUAGGGAUUGAAUUCGAGGUGUCUCAGUCAGACUUCCAGUCCCGAAGUUGGGUGAAGGUGAGCAGUGUUGGGGAUGACCAGGCAUUGUUCAUCAGCAAGGGUUCCUCCAGAUUUGUUGACGUGUCUCGGUACAAGCUGAAUGGGAAUUGCAUAUACUUCCUGGACGAUGGCAGCUGUGACUGGUUCUGGAAGGAUGCGCCAAGUUCAUGUGCAGUAUAUGACAUGCGGGAUGGAAAUUGUUUCUUCAUACCACUGCCGACAGUACGAUCCAAGGACGUCAAAAUGCUAGCGGCAUGGCUUUUCCCUCAGAGCUGACAUAGAUAUUUUCCUCCAUGCAUAUGAGUGAUGCUUUAGCGGAUCAUUGAGCAACGUAAGCGAACAUUGUCAACUGGGUGUUUGUUCUCCAUCCGGUCUCCAGGACUUCAUUCGGAUGUAGCAUGUGUUUGUUCUGCGUCAGGUUUUGCAUGUUGCAACUGGAAGGCCUUUUUUCCUGAGCUGUAGGAUACUGUAGUCCUACUGGAAAGCUGAUGCUUGUGUUCCUCAAGCUAUCUGGAAGACUUUGCCUUUACUUCUAUCUA